CCAAAGGUGUGAGCUUUGGAUGAACAUGUCUCUGGCAGUCCUGUCGAGGUUCAUAGACCUGACAGAACCCAGGUUCUGCGUGGCUGUUGUUGCCAUCAUUUUCAACCCAUUCUUCUGGAAUGUGGUUGCCAGAUGGGAACACAGGACACGAGGACUGACACGACUGUUCGGUAGUCCUUAUACAGCCUGUUAUUUCCUUGGAUUUCUCAUCCUGCUCCUAAAUGUUUACCGUAGUCACAGUAUUACAGUAGCCAUGAAGGGACAACCACGCUUGGACAUGCUGGAUAAUGUACAGGUGUACUACACAGGAGCAGCUCUUGUGGCCUUUGGUUCUUUGUUUGUUAUCAGCAGCUUCCUGGCCUUGGGUUUUACUGGCACCUUUCUGGGGGACUAUUUUGGAAUCCUCAUGGAUCAGAAGGUGACUGGGUUUCCCUUUAAUGUGAUGGACAACCCGAUGUACUGGGGCAGCACUGCUAACUAUCUGGGCCUGGCCUUAAUGAAUGCCAGUCCUGUAGGGUUGGUCCUGACUGCAGUGGUUGGUUUGUCUUACUGGAUAGCUAUUGCAUAUGAGGGACCAUUCACUGAGGAGAUCUAUCGGCAGAGGAGCCAGCGGUGCAAGCACAAAUAGAGAUGAAACGUGAUUGUAAAUACACAUCACAUGUGCUGGCACUUUAUGCUCACGUUCAGACAACCAUAUGGAGAAGAGUGGAUGGAAACGAGGGAUGUUCGUGAACUUCCGAUGUAAACACUGAUGUAGCUGUAACUAUUUAAGACACUGUGAACUCUGUCACCCUGUGCUGGGUGUCUUAUUGGCAUACGAGUAAUGACUGAAAGAAUAAAGCACAGCUUAAAGAAAUCGAUUUAAAUAAAAUAAUUUACAGAUAUAUCAAAAUUUGAAUACACUAUUAUACGUUUUUAAAUGAAAAGAAGACCCUAAUUGUUGUCAAUCUUUCAUUUUAGGAAUCACAUACUUAGCUUUUUCUCAUUUGUUCUUUAUCUGUAAAAUGCUAUGUUCGAUAUGAUGUCAUAACUGUAAAGAUUUAUUUAAGGUUUUGUUGUGUUCUUAAUACAUUCCUAACAUACAUCCUUACUGAAUUCAGCUCUUUAAGGGUUCAUUUAUUGUAAUGUGAUGAGACUGAAUGAAGACAUGUUUGGGUUUGUUUUUCUUCAGUACAGUAGGUUCUCUCCCUCUCCUUUGUUUCCUCCGAAAUAUAAAAUAAAUGGAUGAAUUCUAAUCCUUAAUUAUGCAAAUCUCUGUUAAUCUCUUACAAGCUCUUGUGGCGCAUAUCUCAUAGUGCACCCUUGAACAACCCAAAUUACCAAAUGUUUCUUCUUAAAUAUAAUCAAAUGCGUCUUUAUUAAAUAUGUUUUUACAUAUUACAUUGAUACCUUUUAUAAAGUAUAUCAUUUAUAUAAAAAUGUAUAAAAAAUGUUGUAUAAUUUGUAAAUGCAGUAGGAGUGAAGUAAACUAAACACUAAACAGAAUCACACAUAACUUAAUAUUGACAUCCAUUGCCCCUCAAAAAAGAUUUGGAAGAGUACAGAUAUUUAACAUUUGUUGCUGUUAACAGCCUAAAAAUCAUAGUGUUAAAAAACAAUAAUUCUUUCUCUUUUCUCUCUUUUAUUUUCUGUGACCAAUAAGACUGAUGCCUCAGGAAAGUGGCGUCCUGAUAUGCUGACAAUUGUAAUUACUUGGUAGCAUCACAAGGCCUCCUUCUGACACUUCUGAAAGUGGAUGUUGGAAAAAACAUCUACAUGUGCUUGUGCAUAGCUCAGUGGAUAUGCAUAGAGCACUGCAUUAGCAGCGCUAAAGGUCAUGGGUUCAAACCCCCAGGGAAUUAUGGAGAAAAAGAAAUGACUUAAGUGUAAAACCCCCUUAGCAUUCCUAAAAAAUGCUUAAAAAUGUCUAAAAAGGACACAAAUUGUACCUGCUGUGUUGAUUGUAUCUUAAAACAGUUUACAUCAUUCGAAUCACAAGAAUUUCAGCUUUCUAAAGAUAUGUGACAUGUUUAGCGUUUUGUUUUUGAGUUGUAUUUUUUUUUACGUUUUCUGUCAAAUAAUGCAGUGUCCCUCCGACGGUACACUGGAAUUUUAUAUGAAUGAAUAAGUAAUGUAUGCAUAAAUAAAUACACAUAGAAAUGCAUAGCUAAAUAAAUACAUAAAUGCUUUUAUUUGACUGUUUUUGUAAUGAUACAUUUCUUAUUUACAUGUAUUUAUUUAUGCAUUUACAUGUGUGUUUAUUUAUUUAUACUGUAGUAACCCAGAUUCUGCUAAUAAUUUUGAUACCUACAGAUUAAUAUUACACAAAAAUUAAAUAUAUGUUAGUAAAAUACAUAUUUAUAUGAAAUUAUAUUUACAAAUGAUUCAACCAAAUAGUGUGUUUGUAACAUUUAAACGUUUUAUCUUAAAACUGAACGGAUUUUCCUUGCAGAUGGUCUGCAUUCAUUAAAAAUGAGCAAAUCAAAUAUUUCAAAUCAAUAUUUAAUCUUCCUUAGCUUACUUAUGAGGUAAACAACCACAUAAUAAGCAGGACAAUGUAUAGGCAGCCAGUUGUUGUCACGAAAUAUUCCCUUUGUGUGAUACAAGACCCUCUGCUUGCCGGGUCCUGAUCACACUGUCAGGGCUUAUUUCUGUGAUAACAACCGGCUGCCUAUACAUUAUCCUUUACAUGACAUAAUAAAAUACUUGCAAUAUCUAUGCCUGCACAAAACUGUGUAUGUAAGGUGUAGUAAGAAUGAUGUAGUAACAGUACCGGGAAAAUGCUAACAAGUUGAACCCUGACCCUUUUGAUCACCCAAAUUUACAGACUAUGUUUCUCAAAGCUUUAUCUCAUGGACAGUCUGUUGUUAUUUGAUGUGGUCACGAGACACUCAUAUGACCCGUCACCAGAGCUGAUCAAUCUGACAUCCUUUCUUGAACCCUAACGUAGCUUCGAUUGAAAGUCUUUCCUGAAAUGAUGUAUUACACAUGCAGACAUUGUGCAAUAAGACAAGGCUAGACUUUGUUUUCAAAACUGUAAUCAAUUUGAAUACUCAAUUUCAUAUGUUUGCACAUAACAUAUAAGUUUCUUAGCAAAUUACUCUGAAUUUGUUAUUCUAUGAUGUGGAAAAAGAUAAUUUUAUGAUAUCAUAACAUUUCCCUUUACAUGUAAUAAUAUUUCUCUUUAUUGUUAUGUACUGGCCUACCUGUCAAACCUGUUUGUAUUGACUUGUAUUUGUUAUUCAUGUCACUACUACUUAGAAUUUUACAUUUACUCUUAUCACAAUAGAAGAAGAUACGGUAGAAGUGUUAUCAUAACUUUUCUCCUGAUCUGUCAUUUUUAUCAUUCAGCACAGAAGAGACUGUUAAUGCAAAACAUUAUUGUUUUCAAUGCAUUUCUUUGCAAUUUGUAAAAAGUGAAAGUUGAAACUACUUAGAAAAAGACUUCAGUUGGUAACACCCAAACAAUUAAUUUUUGUUUUUUUUUUCAACUUAAAUUGUUUUCCCCUUAAAGUGAGAAUAAUAUUGAAGUUGAAAAAACUUUUAUUUUAGGUGUAACCAAAGUAUUUUUUAGUUAAUUCACUUUCACUUUUUACAGUGUAUAUUAUGAGGUGGCUCAUUCAUUUGAGUUUGUAACCACACUUGUAAGUUUUUGUAUGAUUUGCUUUUGUCACUGCAUGUGACAUCUGGGUUAGGGAUGGGGUUUAAUUUUUGCUUUUAAUUGAUAAUCGUACAUUUUUGUAUGAUUCGCUACGUAAGAAACUCCCGUGAGAUUAUGGCUGCUGUUUUCUGCACCAUUAUUUAAAGUUUUUUUUUUUUUUUAUACAUUUUAUUUUUAAAAAACUAUAAAAUAUUAAACAACAAGUGUAUUUUUUUAUUUUAGUUUUUUAUUUAUAGUUUAAAUUUUUGGGUGAGGAUUUUCUGUUUUCGGUAAAACUUUACAAAAGGUUGUAUUGGUUAACAAUUAGUUAAUGCAUUAGCUAACAUGAACUAAUGAACAAUGCUUCUACAGCAUUUAUAAAUCUUUAUUAUAAAUCAUGUUAAUUUCUGCAUUUCGUCGCUGUCCUUCCGAAAGCUUGUAUGUCCAAAUUCACUGUAUUUUUUAUUGAUUAUGAGUUAUGACAAAAAUAAAAUUCACAAAAUAUGGAGGUAGAAAUCGGUUGGACACCGACGAUUUACUAAAACCAUAGACUGUAAAAAACAUGGACAUAAUGUCUGUGACAUCACCCAUAGGUUUUGAAGAGCUUUUAUUUAGUAGGCAGUGCCUGCUGUCGCCAUCUUAGCAUUGCGUCACCGCACAUCAUAACCAAAAAUGGGUAAAGAGGUGGGACGUGGGUGAAGCUGUGAAGUAGCUGGCUGCUGAAACCACGCCUGCCUAGCUUGCCGGUAGUGACAGCGGUGGCUGUUCACCUGUCACUCAAGUGGCCAUGCCCUUAACUAUGCAGAACUUUAAGGCUUGAUAUAUUAUAAACGGAUGAGUUGCAAAAAAAUUUGACCCCCUCACAGGAAAAAUUAGCUAUACAGACCAAAAAUACUUUUAGUACCAGGCUGUAAACAUUAUUUUUUUGCUGUAAAGUUGGGCAUUUUAGGAUGGAGGUCUAUGAAAAUUGACUCCCUUUUGGAGGCAGCCUCUAGCGGCCAGUGGAUGAAUUGCAGUUUAAGUCACUUCAGUAUUGGCUUCAUCAGAGAGAUUGGAAGGUUGCCCCUCGACUAAAACAUUUAUAAAGUCAAGCGUUGUAUCCGUUAACAUUAAUUAAUGCAUCAUGCACUAACAUGAAUAACUUUAUUGACAUUAACUAACAUUAACAAGAAUUAAUAAAUGCUGAAAAACUAUACUGUUUAUUGUUUGUUCAUGUUAGUUAAUGCAUUUGCUCAUGUUUACUAAUGCAACCUUAUUAUAAAGUGUUUCCUGUUUUCUAUAGACUAAUAAACAGUGGGCACAACUGUGAAAACGUGUAUUUAGCCCGUCAUGUGUGUGGCUCAUCAUGUCAAAAUAAGUGUUUGGCGCGUCAUGUGAACCACUGUGCAUCACACACCAUCUCUGAACCUACCCUGUCCUUAAAUGCACUCUUGUGUGGUUAAAUUAAACAGACAGCUGACAUACAGUAUACACUGUACAUACACACAUAAAAAAAAAAACAUUUAGGUUCAGGCAGAAAACUCAGAGCGAAGGUCUAAAUUUUUGAUGAACUGUGCCGGACUGCAGGGUUAAGGACUUUCUCUCAUGGUGCUGACAAAAGCAGGCCUCAAUUCAUGCGCCUGUGCCAUUUAACUUUAAUUCAGUCCUUGGGAGGAUAAAUCAAUUCAUAUUUCUAGGAGCAGCCAUUCUGGACUCAAUUAAAGUGUCUGUAUUAAGAUCAUUCGAUCUGCUUUAUGACACUUGACCCAUUUUAAGUCUAUUACACCAAUGUGGAUAGAGAAUAGCAGCAGUAAUGUAAUACUCAUAAAUAAUGUUCACUGUUUAAGCUUAAUUGUAUCCAUUCAACACCAUGAAAGUAGCAGCACCAAGCAAAGUUGCAAAAAUAAAACAAAGUUUCACACUGUCAGAAGAAAUGUUGCCAUUUGGACGCUAUUUGGAAAAGGUCCUAAGCACCAUUUAGGUACUGAUAUGCACUUCUGAGACACCAAUACAUGUAUGUAGGCUACUUUUAAGGUUCUAAUAGGCACACUUCAGGUGUACUUGUUGAAAGGGUGCUGCCCAAGUGACAGCAUUUGUACCUUUUUUUUUUUGUGAGAGUGCACACAAACUGUGUAUGUUGCAUUGUCAAUCCAAACAGAUAAGCAUAUCCCUCCGGUUUAAAACACUAGUGGUGUGACAAAGUGU